CCCCGAGACCAGGCGGAACCUUCCAGAGGCCGCGCAAAGCCUGACGGGAGCCGCCUUCAGACUCUCCCGAGUGGGGUCUGGGCCCGGAACCUGAGCCGCUCCCCUCCGUGGCUGCGCUCCCGACGCGAGUGUGGGCGCCCUCGAGGACGUGGGUGGAAAGUUCCAGAAGGUCUGGGUUCAAGCUCCUCCAGAGAUGCUGCUGCCGCUUGCCUGCCUCCUGAUCACGGCCUGGCCCUGGGGCUUCAUUGACCGUGGAGACGCCUGGACCUACAAUUUGAGAUGUUAUGAGUGUUUUGCCACCAACACCUUCUCUUGUAUAGACAUCAGAACUUGUCCUUAUCACCUCAGGCGCUGCCUGACCGUCUCCAUUCGUGUGAAUGCUCGGGAAAUACUCAUUUACAAGGACUGUACGUUCAACUGCACGUUUGUGUAUCGCGAAGAGCAAAUGCCGGAAGCGCCAAGGGCGAGAUACUGGGCUACGAACAGCUUCUAUUGGGUUCACUGCUGCAACACCAUGACGUGCAAUCACGGAGGACCUACUAAUCUUGAGAGGGACAUUGUACCCGAAGAGGCAAUUGAGGAGGAGUUGGGAGGGACCGUGCGUCUCGGGGAGGCCACCCUUUUCCUGAGUGUGGCCUCCGUCCUAGUCAGCCACGCCCUGACAUGAGAAGCCCCCUCGGGAGGGUCCGAGCCUCUCCCCGUUUCCCAGAACGCCUUGGCUGUCCUGGCAUCUCUCGUGAGCCAGAGACACUGCACCUCGGGGCCCCCCGUGGGCGAGUUCCCCGUCUGGGGCUUCUUUCAAGGGGGAAAUAAAAGAGCAUGGCCGUCGGGGGGCGUGCGCUCAGAUUUCUUUGUGGUGUCAGCGUCUGACCCGUUUGGGCCGUCGUCAGGCAUCACGGUCUCACACACAGACCAAAGGAUCUCGGCCCUUGGGGCAGGAGAGGCUGCGCCUGUUCAUCAAAAGCAAGACAGGGAGUGCCCGGCGUGGCGCAGCGGAAACGGAAACGAAUCCGACGAGGAACCACGAGGCUGCGGGUUCGAUCCC